AUGCAGCGGGCGGGGGCGCCGGCGCGCGGCCACGUGAAGGAGCCGCUGCGCGCGAGAGCGUUGUCGAAGCGGGCGUGCUCUCGCGCGGUGGUGCGGCGUGAGAGGGCGGCGGUCGUCGCUGCGGCCGCGGCUGCGGACACGGUGAUUGAGACUGACGUCGUGGUGAUCGGGUCGGGCAUCGGUGGACUCAGUUGCGGCGCGCUGCUGGCCAAAUAUGGCAAGGACGUCAUCGUGUGCGAGUCCCACGACGUCCCUGGCGGGGCUGCGCACGCGUGGGUGCAUCCGAAGGGGUAUCACUUUGAGGCCGGUCCAUCGCUGUACAGCGGCAUGGCUGCGCGCGGGCCGGAAGCCAACCCCCUCGCGCACGUGUUCCAGGCCAUCGGGGAGCCACUGGAGCUCAUCAGGUACAAGACAUGGAACGUGAUGGUGCCAGAGGGGGAUUUUUUGACCGAGGUCGGCGCGUACCAGUUCCUCGACGUUCUGACCAAGAUCCGGGGCAAGGCGGCCGCGGACGAGUGGGCGGCGCUGCAGGAGGCCAUGAAGCCGCUCGCCAAGGCCUCGGCGCUCCUCCCGCCCGCAGCCCUCCGCGGCGACCUCGGCGCGACGGUCACGGCGCUCGGCCGGUACUUCCCGAAGCUGCUCACGGGCGGCGCGGACGCCGCGAAGCUCACCGGCUCGUUCAAGUCGGCUGUUGAGUCCACCAGGACCAUUUCGGACCCCUUUAUUCUCAAUUGGCUCGACCUCCUCUCGUUCCUCCUCUCCGGCUUGCCCGCGGACGGCACCAUCGCGGCGGAGGUGGCGUUCAUGUUCAACGAGUGGUACAGGCCGGACUGCGCGCUCGAGUUCCCGAAGGGCGGGUCGGGGGGCAUGGUGGCGGCGCUGGUGCGCGGGCUGGAGCGGCACGGCGGCGAGCUGAUGUUGAAGGCGCACGUGGACGAGAUCCUGCUCGACGAGGCGUCGGGGCGCGCGUGCGGGGUGCGGCUGCGGGACGGCCGCGAGGUGCGGGCGCGGCAGGCGGUGGUGAGCAACGCCACGCGCUGGGACACGUUGGGGCUGCUGCCGGAGGGCACGGUGCCGGCGGACGUGCGCGGGCGCGCCGCGAAGGAGGCGGAGAAGCUGCCGGAGAUCAACUCGUUCAUGCACCUGCACGUCGGGUUCGACGCGACGGGCCUGGACGACCUCGAGAUGCACCACAUCGUCGUCAACACGUGGGACGGCGGCGUGGACACGGAGCAGAACGUCGUGCUCCUCUGCAUCGCGUCCGUCGCGGACCCGUCCCUCGCGCCGGAGGGCAAGCACGUCCUGCACGCGUACACCCCCGCCACGGAGCCAUACUCUCUGUGGGAGGGCCUGGAGCGAGGCUCGCCCGAGUACAAGCGGCUGAAGGAGGAGCGCAGCCGCGUGCUGUGGGAGGCGGCAGAGCGCGUGAUUCCCGACAUCAGGGAGCGCGCCGACGUCGCGCUCGUGGGCACGCCGCUCACCCACGAGAGGUUUCUACGUCGGCACAAGGGGUCGUACGGGCCGGGCGUCGUGGCCGGCAAGGGCCAGCUGAUCCCGGGCGCGAAGACGCCUGUGCCGGGCCUGUACGCGUGCGGGGACACCGCGUUCCCGGGCAUCGGGCUGCCGGCGGUGGCGGCCAGCGGGAUGAUUGCCGCCAACACGCUGGUGUCCGUCGGCGAGCACUGGGCGAUGCUAGACGAGAUCGGGGUGUAG